AAUAGAAAUAGGGCCCUUAGGAUGAGAAUCCAAGCUGCUCUGCUAGUAGCGGCUGCGCUCUCCGGUUUGCGCACGCUUGAAAAUUCCCAACCGCAAAUCAAGACAUUAAUAUCUGUAUCUCUACCAUUUGCCUAUUACAUCCAUACCUAUACACCUCCGUUAUCAUGCCUAGUGCUUCAGCUCAAGGAGCCUCAUUCUUACCGUCUAACUUUGGUUUGGCCAUCAACACCUCCGCCGAAUACAAAGAGAGAAGAAGACAACAGAUGUUGCGGUUUGUGGGCGCCACCGUGGUGACGUUUGUGUGCGCGCGUGUGGCCUACCGUGGGGUCUUGUCUAGAAAGUACGUGCCGACGUUCUUGCAGCCGAACCACUUACCACCACCUUUCUCCUUCCACAAGGAUGCGCUUCUGGCCAUCACCCAUUCCACCUUGUUGGCGUGUUCCGCCUACACCAUGGCCGUCAUGGGCGGCUGUUGGUGCUGGGACGUCUCUAGCUUCCAGGAGUUCAGCUGGAGAAUGAAGAAAUUGUUAGGUGGUGCCGAGAAAGAGCAGGAGAUUGCGAUGCAGCCGGUCGACGAGGAAACCAGAGCCAUCCAGGACACCAUGAACAACUUGCUCAGCGGAAAGUUUGUCGAUUCCGAAGAGAACUAGAAGAUUGCUUCUGUGUAUUUUACCUGUAUAUAAUCAAUGCUGAGAGGUCAAGAUGCAAGGCCCGUAGAAGCAUGCUUGGAAGGGUCCGAGUAGCAAACCGCAUACUCAGGUUUGAUAAUGUAUUGAUGAUCUUGGUUUGUGGAAAGAUUAGUUGAACCAUCUGGGGAGGUUUUUUAAUAUCCUCAUUCUUCACCCGGAAUGGAACCAACCAUGGUUGGUACAUGCAUACCCUUCGGCACUCGAAUGGUUCACAUUAGGUUUACCAAAUCUACUAUCGAAGCGUGGGAAAAAAAAU